UUGUUUUUGAUUGGACAUCAUGCACCAAGGCACUGGAGCAAAGCCAAAAAUUAUGGUAUUAGUACCAGGUCGAAUAGCCGAACAGGUCAGGUAAUCCAAACGCAAGAUGAGGUACCCUCUGGUAAUACUGCCAGUGUAGAAGCAAAUAAUCGAACAGUAUCUAGUGAUGUUGAAGAUUCGCCAAAUCCAAAUAAGGUAACUGAAGAUGGUAGUACGAUCACUACGCCAUCGUUUAGUCCCCUGACUAUGCUUGGUAACAGUGGUGAGCAGGUUGAGAGAAUUAAUAGUACAGGAAUUGUUGAGGUAGUUGAGUCGGCACUGGAAGCGACACAAGCAUCGAUGCUUGAACUGAUGAGGAAGGAGAUGCAGAAAGCUGUAUCCAUAGCUGUUAAGACCGCCCUUUCGCAAACAUCGAGUCCACAUGCAGGUCCUUCAUCCAAUCCUGCAGCCCAGAGCGUUGAUUGGCCGCAUGAAUUACCAUCAAUGCCUACUGCACCUGUUCAUACUAAUGCACCAACCGUUUCGAAUAUUCCAAAUGAUGAUUCUAUUAAUGUUGAUAAUAGGAAUUGUUUUAGUAGACCCAAAUACCCAUACAUCAGCAAAUGGGGCGUAAAAUUUGACGGUACUACAAAAACUCCACAGAUUGAGGAUUUUUUAUUCAGAGUUGAGAGACUGUGGAAGAGUUAUGGAUUUUCAGAGCGAGAAUUAUUAGAAGGUUUUCAUUUGUUGUUAGAAGGCCGUGCUAACCAGUGGUACUGGGCUCAAACUCGGCAAUAUCCAGACAUGAACUGGAAAAAUUUAAAAUUGAAUAUGACCCGUGAAUUUCAGCGAUACCAAUCAAACUUGGAUGUGUUGAGGCAGAUGAUGGAUAGGAAACAAGGUCGCGAUGAAACUGUGACUCAGUAUAUAGACGCCAUCACUAUUUUGCGCACCCAAUUAAGGCAAUCACUCCAAGACUAUGAGGUUAUCGAUAUUAUAAAGGCAGGAUUAAAACCCAGAAUUGCUCAUCUGUUGUUUAGUGCUGAUAUUUAUUCUGUGGAACAGCUCCGCAAUGAAUGUAGGAAGGCUGAAGAGUUUCUAGACAGGGAGUCAGUUGCUAGGGUUAGGACGAACGCACCAUCUCGCAUGGUUAAUGAAAUUUUCGAUUCCGAUUAUAAAGAAAUCACUAAGGAAGUUGAUGAGUUGAAGCUGCGACCGAAGGUAACUAGUUUCCCCAAAACUGAAACUUCUCGUUGUUGGAACUGUGGUGACAACGGUCAUGUUUUCAAACAAUGUACCAGUUCACAACGAUCUUUGUUUUGUUUUAAAUGCGGUUCACCAGGAAUAACAGCUCCUCAGUGCAAUAAUUGCAAGAAGAGUACUCGUCCAUCCAAUCCUAUUAAAUCUGAAUCAGUUUCUACACAGACCGUGGACUGACUAGAUUCAGACCAUAUUCCCGAAAAUCCACCUAUUGUUGACAAUUUAGUAACUCCAAAACAAUCUGAACCUCUGAUUAGAUCCAAACCUGAUUUGACGUUACCAUUUCACGUACGCAUGGCAAAAUAUUUAAAGAUCCGAGAACGAAUAUUUAAUUGCGAAAUUUCUGUAAAUACUGGUGUUUGUGUUUCCAAACGUAUCUUGAAGGCACGUGAACGAUAUAGGCUUAGACGUUUCAAAAGACUAUCGAUUUCUUCUGCCACAUUUUCCGAAAAUAAAUCAAAUGAUCCCCGACCUUUUCGAGAAGUUCUUGUUAAUGGCAUAGCAGUGUUAGCUCUUUUUGACAGUGGAGCCACGGUAACUUGCUUAGGCAAAAAUUGUUUUUCGUUGAUUGAUGAAUUAAAAUUGAAUAUUAAUCCUGUAUAUAAGUGUAGCGUUGGUACAGCGAAUGGUCAACGAGUUUCUUGUUGUGGAAAAGUUAGUGUUGAGCUCUCGUACGAUGGUAAGACGAAAACCAUGGAGGUUUAUCUUGUACCUGGCUUAGAGAAUUCAAUGUAUUGUGGUAUAGAUUUUUGGAAAGAAUUCAGUGUAGCACCAAAACUUAUUAGCAGCUUAGAGAUCAGUUCUAAAGAAGUAGAUUCUGAUAUGCAUAUCUUAUCCGAUGAUGAAUUAGCUUUACUUGAGAAAGCUAAAGAAAGUUUCCUUGAUUCCGAUAAGCAUGGUCUCGGAAAGACAAAUCUGGAAGAGCACGUGAUUGAUACAGGGGAUGCUGUCCCAAUAAAGCAGCGACACUAUCCAGUUUCUCCAGCUGUCGAAAAUCUUAUAUAUCAGGAACUUGAUCGCAUGUUGAGUCUAGGUGUUAUUGAACCAAGUACAAGCCCAUGGAAUUCUCCAGUCACCUUAGUGCGUAGAGGGGAAAAAAAUCGACUAUGUUUAGACGCCCGUAAGUUGAAUGAAGUCACGGUGAAAGAUGCAUAUCCGCUGCCAUUUAUUGAUGCUUUGUUAGGCCGACUGCAAGACACGUACUUCAUAUCGAGCAUCGAUCUGAAGGAUGCAUUCUGGCAGGUUCCUCUGGCAAUAGAAAGCCGUCCGAAGACUGCGUUCACAGUGCCGGGGAGACCACACUAUCAAUUCACUGUCAUGCCGUUUGGGUUAUGCAAUGCAGCCCAACGGUUAUGUCGGUUAAUGGAUAGAGUGAUCUCACCGGAACUGAAGAACAAAGUUUUCGUAUACCUCGACGACUUGCUAGUAGUCUCUCCAGACUUUGAUUCACAUGUCGAGCUGCUUCGUAAGGUAGGUGAAAUGUUGUCCAGAGCGAACCUGACCAUCAAUCUGAAGAAGUCGAAAUUUUGCCGCAGAGAACUUAAAUAUUUGGGGUAUAUUGUUGGCGAAGGUAAAUUAAAACCAGAUCCUUCCAAAAUUAACUCAAUUACUGAUAUUCCGAUUCCGAAGUCCACUAGAGACGUACGUAGGUUUCUAGGGAUGGCCUCUUGGUUCAGGCGAUUUAUUAAAGAUUAUGCUGAGAUUACAGCUGCUUUAACCAGCACCUUGAAGAAGGGCAAAGUUUUCUCUUUCGAUCAAAAUGCAAUCGAGGCUUUUAACAAAUUAAAAGUAGCUCUAACCACAAGUCCCGUAUUGAAUCAUCCAGUUUUCGACAAAAGAUUUUAUGUCCAGUGUGACGCCUCCAAUUUAGGGUUAGGCGCAGUGUUGUUCCAGCUAGACGCUGAAGGUUUGGAACGUCCCAUCGCCUUUCAUUCUGCCCAGUUGACGAAGGCCGAAAGGAACUAUAGUGUCACUGAGCGAGAGUGCUUAGCCGUGAUCAGUGCAAUAAAGAAAUUCCGUCCAUAUAUUGAGAUGAUGCCGUUUACUGUUGUUACUGAUCAUAGUGCGUUGAAAUGGCUGAUGGGACAGAAAGAUCUCAGUGGUCGUUUAGCGAGGUGGAGUUUAAAACUACAGGCUUUUAAUUUCGAUAUUCAGCACCGUAAGGGGUCGCAAAAUGUAGUUGCGGACACUUUAUCCCGCAUACACAUGGAUGAAAUCAACAUGUUCACUGAUGAAAAGCCUUUGAUUGAUUUAAACUCGCCCGAAUUCAAGAAUGAAGAAUAUAUACAAUUAGUUGAAAUGGUGCGUGAGAACCAAGACAGUCUUCCGGAUUUAAAAAUUUUAGAUUCAUUUGUUUAUAAAAAGACACUUCCGUCUGAUGGCACACCGAUACAUGAGAAUUUUAUAUGGAAACUUUGGGUUCCAUCCGAAUUGACCGAAUCACUUAUAGAAAAUGCUCACAAGUCAAUAGUAAAGAGUCACUGUGGUAUUGGCAGAACUAUAGCUGCACUUCGACAAUAUUUUUAUUGGCCGAGAAUGGCGAAGCAAGUUCGAGAUUAUAUAAACUCAUGUGUUUUGUGUAAAGAGACGAAAGCUCCAAACAAGGUGUUACGACCGAAAAUGGGAAACGAGACCGUCACUGAUAGACCUUUUCAAAAAAUUUUCAUUGAUUUUAUAGGACCCUUCCCGAGGUCUAAGUUAGGUAACGCAUACGUCUUUAUCGUAUUAGAUCACUUAACAAAGUUCGUUCUUUUGAAGCCUUUAGCGAAAGCAAACUCGAGAAACGUCAUUCGAUUUUUGGAAAGUGAAGUUUUUCACAAAUUUGGAGUACCACAAACCGUCCAUUCGGACAACGGAAAACAGUUCAUUUCUUCCGAAUUCACUUCAUUUUUAGACCGAUACGGCUGUACUCAGAUCCGAAACGCGGUAUAUUCUCCGCAAGCGAACGCAUCGGAGAGAGUCAACCGAACAAUUAUUGCGGCGAUUCGAACUUAUGUAUCCGAAGAUCAGAAGGAUUGGGAUCGAUAUUUAUCAGCUAUAGAGUGUUCACUUCGAUCCACAAUCCAUACAUCCAUAGGAUGUUCACCGUAUUUUUCCCUUUUCGGAACACACAUGAUCACACACGGUAGCGCGUAUACCUUAGCGAGUAAACUAGGCACUUUAGAAGACGGAUCGGUCGAAAUUAUUCCCAAACACAGUAUACACGAUUUAAUCCGAAACACGAUUAAAGAGAAACUCCACGAUUCCUACGAAAGGUCAGCGGCACGUUAUAACACAAGAUCGCGUGAAGUUCACUUCAAGCCCGGACAGGAAAUACUUCGACGCAACUUUGUAUUAAGUGACGCUGCCCGCCAUCUUAAUUCAAAGCUCUGUCGGAAAUUUGUCAAAUGUAGAGUUGUCAAAAAGGUAGGGACCUCACUUUAUGAAAUAGAGGAUCUACAAGGACGUAAGAUAGGGGUAUAUCACUCGAAAGACCUCCAACAUAUAGUACCUUUGAAGUAGUUACCCCGCUGUUGUAUUUUUGUUGUUGUUUUUUUAUGAUAUCAGGGUCGCGGUUCUUCCCCACCCGAUCUUUAAAGUUAGGUUAACGUCCCGAAUCAGCGUUACUCCGACUGGUCUUCGUAGACUGUUCGGGUUUGUUGUGUUAACCUACCACAACCCGACGACGCAAGCGACGGCGUAAAAACGUCCUCAUUGUGCGCAGUCGUUGGUAGCCCUGACAUCAGGUGUCAACUUUAGUCGAUCUAUGGCAACCUAUCAAUUCGAUGGCGCACUGCAGCCAACUUUAAAAAUUGCAUUAUUGCAGAAAAGUUUUUUGAAGCAGCACAACUAAAAGCCAUCAGAGGAAAAGAAAAGUUUAAUUUCAAUUUAACACCAGUCAGAGCCGGUAUUCUCCUCUCCAAUUAUAAUUUGAAGUUACCCAUCAUUGUGGAUAACGUAGUGUUUGUGUGCCGAAUAAAUUCGUUUUGAUUAAUAAUAAAGAAUCUGAAUUUUUGCUUGGACACUGUUCCAAGAAAGACCGCCAACCACGCCGCCUAAGACCAAAGGUUAGGUUAUUGGACAUUUUUGCGUGUCAAUUUGUACUCUAUCUUUAAAGGGCAGUGCUACCCAAUAUAAGGACUGUUAAGGAGACCGAAAUCUGACCAUAUCAACAUAUUCCCAAAUUGUGGUAAGCCGAAAAUCCUAUAUGCCUAAAGGAGAAUAACGGAGUAAGUACGCAAUCACACGGGUACAGUUGAAGCAGUCAAUCAUCAUCCCUGGGUUACCCACCUCCUUCAGUCACAGACGGGAGGGGUGGGCCCUGUGUUUUUUUUGCAACCUGUUCCUCGACGGUCAGCCGAGCUGUUUUAGAAACUUUCCGGAUACAUCCAGUGUUCCUAGUUUUGUGUUUUAACGAUUUUUUUAAAAAAAAACCUUCCUCAUAUGUAUAUAAGUUUGUACAUAUGUACGUAUAUACAUGUUGACUUAUAUAAAUUUUAAUGUUAAAUUUUGGCUACUACAAAAAGUAACGGUUCUUCGCCACGUGUUUAGUGCCCUUGUGAAAUUGUUUUUGGUAACGGAACCUUGUGUUCCAAUUGAGAAAUUAUUCCACUACAUUCUUAUUGGAAUUAAAUUAGCAGCCUAGAAUUUUCUGAUUUUUUUUCAGAUUUCUUUCUUUUUGGCUAUAUUUUUUUUAAAUUAAAUUGAAAUUCAAAUAUGAAUUUAUUCAUAACAAUUUUGGAACUUUAUAAGCUGAUGUAGUUAGUGCAGACGGCGUACUCUUAAAAAUCAUAGUUUAAGUUUUUUAUCUCUUUUUCUUUUACCUUUAAGGGUAAUUUGUAAAGCCAAUUUAAAUUUAUAAAUCCUUAUACCUAAAAUUUUGUAUAUAUAUGUAUAUAUAAAUAUAUAUACCUAUAUAUAUUCAUACAGAUCUAUAUAUUUUUUUUAUAAUUGUUCUAUUCAAUUUGUCAAUUGUUGAUCCCACUUCCUUUAUUUAAAAGCGGUACAGUCCAAAUUAUUCAAAAGGGGCUAAGCCUUAACCAUUGAGCUCAAUAGGUGUUAGGUAUCAUUCGGCGUAUAAAUUUAGUGCAUUUUGGCACAAGAAAUGGGAUUAACAAACAAAAAUUCUCUUAAUAAUUUUUGUAUGUAUCCUAAUAUUAAAUUGUGCUUUAUUUUUGCUACUUCUUUGUUAGUGUAUUUGAUUCUACUUACGGAUGUAAAUAGAUUUAAGUAAAUCUAAAGAUUAUCCUUAAGUAUAAAUUGUUCUUAAGAAUAAAUAUGAAUUGUUUGACUGAAUUUAAAGAAAAUUAAUAAUGUUCCAGUAAAUUUAUUUAAGAAGGAUAUGUAAGCAGGAAAGAGGUACAGCCAGCGAAAGUUUUGGGGGUCUUCAAAUAUUUUGAAGCCCACAUGGGGGUUCUUACAGAACCCAUGGGAGGGAUAAGGGGUACCCAUUGUCAUCUAGGGGUACCCACCACAACAACAUUUUGAGUCUGCAACAACAACAAACAUAAUCGAUGAUAUUUUCUUUGUGACAUACAUAAAUAUUUUUGUACGUAGCCGUGUGUGGACGACUGAGCAUAGCCGAUACAAAAUGAUAG